GAAAUCAACUCCAUGGAAACGGCUCCCGGUCGUGAAGCUAGCUAGCUUCUUACACGAGCAAAUCAAUCACACUCACAGCGCAGUCACCCGUUAGCUAGCUAGCUAAUUACUGGACCAGUAGCUUAUCUGCCUCGUAGCAUUGUUUUAUACUGGAUCGCAUUACCACAUUUUACUCUGCAGUUAUGAGCCGAACUCCGGAUGCAAGGGCAAGAGACAGUCAGACCAGACAGAUCCAGGAGAACAUCACCAACACGGAGAAGCACUUUGGAGAGAUGUGCCAACUGUUCGCUGCCUACGUGCGUAAAACGGCGAGGUUACGGGACAAGGCAGACCUACUGGUCAGAGAGAUCAGCAUCUAUGCGGAGACAGAAACGCCAAAUCUGCAGAGGGGUAUGAAACAGUUUGCAGACAACCUUGCCAAAGUUCAGGAUUAUCGUCAAGCAGAGGUGGAGAGGCUUGAAGCCAAAGUGGUAGAGCCUUUGAAAAGCUAUGGAAGUGUUGUUAAACUUAAACGGGAGGGCCUGAAGACCACUCAGAGUGCCAGGAACAGGGAGUCCAAACAGAUGCAGCAGCUGGAGAGAAUGAGACAGAGGAACCCCUCUGACAGACAGAUCAUUUCCCAGGCUGAAAGUGACCUGCAGAGAGCCACGAUGGACGCCACGCGCACAACACGACAACUGGAGGAGACAAUAGACGCGUUUGAAAAGCAGAAAAUACAAGAUAUCAAGAAGAUCUUUGGGGAGUUCUUGACGGUGGAGAUGUCGUUCCAUGCCAAGGCGUUGGAGGCGUACACCACAGCUUACCAGAGCAUACACAACGUAGAUGAAGAGGAGGAUCUGGAGGUAUUCAGGAGCUUGCUGCACCCACCUGACUACCAGUCCCGCUUAGAAAUAGUGCGCACUAAUUCCAAAACAUCACUCAAUCUGACUGAGUCUACCCUGAGUAAAACGGGGACCUUACAGCAAUCACUGACCCCGAGCAGACAGAGGAGGAGAGAGGAGGAGGAGGAGGAGGAGGAGGAAGAGGAAGAUGAUGAAGAGGAAGAUGAUGAUCUUGAAGAAGUCACAGAUGAUGAAUGAAUUGGAGCUCUGUUUUGAUUCGGAUCUUUUCAGUGUGUUCUUUAUGGUCAUGAAAUGAUGUCAUAAACAGUGGCCAUGGGGCUCUGGUCUAAAGUAGUGCACUAUAUAGGGAAUAGGGUUCCAUUCUCUGGUCUAAAGUAGUGCACUAUAUA